AUGCGGCGCUGGUCUGGCCUUCCACUUGCGCCGUUGUGGGGGCUCGUUGGGCGGCGCGGGGUUUCAGGUGACGAUCGCUCCUCCGAUAGCAGCGCCUUUCUCAGCGAUGACGAGGCCCUCCGCGGGGAGCUCGCCUCCGCGCUGGAGACGGAGGGACACGCGGCCCCGCUGGAUGUCAUGCAGCAGCACCCGUUAGAAGUCGCGGCGAUGGGCGGCAGCACGAGCACCAUUUACUUGGAGAAGCUGGCGCGGCCGCCCGCCCGUUUUGACCUCCUCACAAAUUCUUUUGUAUACAAAUGGCAGACGAAGGCGGCAUUGGCCCGCAAGGUGUCGGGGCCAAUGCGGGAGUGGGCAGCUGAGCUGAAGUAUAGAACAGGGGUACAUAUGGAGCUGGAGCCCACCUUUCCCGGGCGCUUGUCGGAGGACACCGGCGACGGCGGUGAGGGAGGCGCCUACGAGGUGGCCGAUGAUGUGGACAUUACCGUGUACCUCUUUGGAUCUGAGCGUGGGAUCUUCAACUGCCAUAAGUUGAUGGAGGCGGCUAUACAGCAGGAUCCUGUGUAUGUGCGCCUAGGUGUUUUUAGACGGGUGCCCAGCUCGAAGGAGGUGGAGUGGCUCAUGCUGCGCCGCAUCAAUCGCGAGAUGCGGCCACCCGACAUCCCACCCAUUUCGCUUAAACUGCCAGGAAAGUGGACACUGCUGUACGAACGCUACAAGGAGGCCGCCGUUCGCACGCUAUGGGAGGAGACAGGAAUUACCGUUGACCCCAGCAAUGUUUUUCCAACGGCGCAGCUGUACCAAACUUCCCCCAAGUACUACUGGCGUGUCCCCGUGCGUUACUUUGUGGCUGAAGUACCACACGACGUGCGCGUGGAGGGGCCGCAGGUGGUGCCGACACAAUACAUGCGCAACUGGGACGGGCGCCUGCUUCGCCAGUCGCCAGACCCCAUUGAUCGUGCCUGGGCGCAGCUGGCGGACCCCAUCACCGGAUGUGCAUGGAUGAAGGCUCCCAUGAUUGACGAGCUGCAGAAGCCGCUUCGAGGUGAGAAGUACAUGGCCACGCGGUACACGCCGCCGCCGUACUCCAAUCUGCAGGAAGUAGUGGGCCUCGGCGAUGGCGACCAGGACGUGGGCGCGACGGACACCGAUGUACUUCACCCGCCUGCGUAG